UUCGGUUUGCGGUUUCAAGAUUACAGCUACAAGUACAAGGAUCUAAACCUAAAGGAGCUACUACCGCACCUAAACGAGCAGCAGCUUCUGACCAGUGAUGAAAUGGAAAAAUUGAUGAUGAAGAGUCUAACUAGAAAAGAGAAGAUACUGGAACUAGUUAAAAUCAUGUGCAUAAAAGGAGAUCGAGCUCCUUCAUUAUUCACAAAGAGUGUUCGUGAUGCAGCGGAACACUUGCCUCAUUCCGAUCUGGCGGAUAAAUUGGAGAAUUGGCUUAUAAAUAAUUCUGCAACUGUCACGUUAGCUACAAGUUCUGGUUCUGAACUUACCUCUCGUUCUCAACAACCCAACAAACUGUCAAGUGAGAAGCAACCCGCACCUGGAGACAACACAAUCCAAGGAGUUAAAAGAGGGGCUCAAUCUGACGUCACCAUGUCAACAGAUCUUCAACCUCCCCCUCUCCGCCGGCCUAGACCUGACAGAUCACAUGACAAGCUAAUAGGUUCUAGAACGGAAGAAAGCGAUCGCUUACCAGAACAAUCAAGCACCUCUCAAUCUAACCUGCAAUUUCGUCAGCCCCCACACGAAUUUGGCCGGCAAUACAUACCUCCGUCAGGUGAUGAUCAAAGUCGUUAUUCAUCACCCUUAGUACGUUCUAGUUCCACUCGCUCAGAACGACAUUCAAUAGAUGAAUCUCCUCUUCAAGUGCUCAUUAAAACUUUGAGAACCUCUUAUGCAGAUGAAAAGUUCUUCAAGAAAUCUGCUGGUAUUAACAAAGGAACUAUCAAAUUUAUUAAUCUAGCACUCGUCAAGAAGAAAGGAAUAAGUGCUGCAGAUGCAGAGAAUGAUGAAUUUCUGCAAAGUACAUUACACGGCUCUGUGGAUGACAUCAUCAAGAAGAAAAAGGAAGACAUUAAUUUGCAAGGAAUUUUCACUUACGGUAAAGAAGGAUCGAGGAAGCUCGUACUAGUCGAAGGGGCUCCUGGUGUUGGAAAGACAAUGCUUGCCCUACACAUGUGUCAACUAUGGGCCAAUAAAGAUCUGCUAGAUGAAUACGAUAUGGUGCUCUUAGUAACCCUCAGAAGAUACCAGCGAAAACCGUUAGUGGAGUUGAGUGAUCUGCUCAUAUACCUGCAAGGCCCCCUCCUUGCUGAGGCUACCGAAAAGUUAUUGAGAUCUCAAGGGGAAAGAACUUUAUUCAUUCUCGAAGGCUGGGACGAGUUGUCUCCUACGUUACGUGAAGAAGGUUCAUUCUUUUUUGACAUUGUUGAGGGCAAUAUUUUACCGAAAGCAUCUGUACUUGUAACCUCUCGUCCCACAGUGACCUCUGACCUUUAUGAAUACAUGGAUGAACGACAUAUCGAGGUAUUGGGCUUCAGCACUAAAGAAAUCACACAAUACGUACAAUUUCAUGGCGGGGAUAUGUCUGAAACGGUUCUUAGCCAUCUCAACAAGUUUCCGAACCUCAAAGCAUUGGCCCACAUCCCGCUCACUCUUUCCAUUAUCUGCCACGUGGCUCGAAAAGAUUUAGCUUUGCCGCAUACCCUCACAGAGCUUUAUCGUCAGCACAUCUGCAACACUCUUUUCCUAACCUUGAAGAAGCACGUAACGUUCAAGUCCCUCUCUGGAGUUUCUUGCUUGGAAGAACUACCAGUCAAAGUUAGAAGCGUGAUCAAUUCCCUCUGUACUUUGGCUCUGGACGGCUUCAAAGAAAAGAAGUUUGUGUACAGCAAAGAAGAUUUGCAGAGAGUUGGUCUCAAACCAAAUGCCUUUGACGGCUACGGCCUAUUGAAUGCACCUGUUAUGACUGUUGCAGCAGGAUUCGAGCAGAUUUAUCAGUUCAAUCAUCUCUCAAUUCAAGAGUUUCUCGCAGCCUAUGGAAUUCAACAUCUGGUUAAUGAUCAACGAGUUUCCCUUCUCAGAGAGUUCCGAAAUGACAAGCAGUUUCAAAACAUUUGGAAAUUUUUCUCGGGGAUUACAAGACUCGAGAAUGAAUAUUUCAAAGAAUUAAUCAUAUCUGGAACUGGGAAGGCCAAUCGAGAUCAAAUCUUUCUUUUACACUGUUUGUACGAAGCCGACAACCCUGCUAUCAGCAAGAAAGCUGCAGAAAAGAUGUUCUAUGUUCUAAACCUCGGUAAUAUGCUUCUCAACACAACCGACUGUCUCUGUGCUGCUCACAUGAUCACAUCGGCCGGGGGGGAUUGGCAGGUCGAGUUGAGGGGGUGCAAUAUGGGGGACGAUGGACUGAGGAUAUUCAAGACGUCUCUUUUGACCCACAUUGAGGCCCAUGGAGUACUCGGAUUCACCAUCAAGAGAUUGGAUUUGACUCAGAACCGGAUACGAGCCGUGUCUGUCUGCCACCUAGCGGAAAUGAUCAACAGCAAGAUGCAGCUACACUCACUCAUAUUGUCGUCCAAUCCGUUUGGAGACGAGGGCAUGAGGACUCUAACAAGAGCUCUUAAGCAGUCGCAUGCAACAACCAAAUCACUUCAUUUCUCAAGCUGUGAGCUGACUAAAGAUGGUGCUUUUGAACUAGCUGAUGUCUUGAGAGCAAACAGCACAAUAGAAGAACUCUACAUCGGAUUUGAACAAUUUGGUUGCCAUGGUGUUACGAGGAUAGCGCAGGCACUAGACAACAGAUACAACAAGGCUCUCACUGAAUUAUCACUGACGAAAACAGAUAUGACUUCAGUCGGUCUUACUGCUCUAGCCCAAAUGGCUCCCGUCAACCAAACUCUUGAAGUACUAAGACUUGAUCGGAAUGAUUUGGUAGCUGAUGACUGUCAUCUGGUGGCUACUAUUAUUGAGAAGAGCAGCAGCCUUAUUCUGAUAGAUUUGUCAAAGAAUCCAAUUGGAGAUGUUGGUUUUGUACGAGUACUUGAAGCACUGAUCGUCAAACGUAAAGGAUCUCUCAAAAAGUUGGGGGUGUUUGGAUGUGAUGUCACACCAAAGGGGCUCAAGAAACUCAUGGAACUGUUUUCAGUCACAGAAACUUUUGUCGGAAUUCAACUGGGGUGCAAUCAUCUCGGAGACGAGGGUGCUGAACUAGUGGGAGAGGCUUUGAAAAGGAACAGCUCCAAUUCAGUCAAGCAAGUUCUAAUGGAGGCUACAAAGGUGACUGACGAAGGAAAGAAGAAGCUCCAAGAGAUCUGUGACUCCAUCAACUCUGGGAGAGACACAGAGAACAAGUUAGACCUCAACUACAAGCAUCACUCUCAAGUGGUGCAGAAAAGAAACUCCACCAAUUAUCUGUGAUAGUUAUGUGUAUAUACCACGUGUAACCUUUUCUCCUGUGAACAUGUGUGAAAGACCACCCCCAUUCAAUAGUAUAUUUUUGUCCCAUUUUAUAUUAUUUUACAACUCAA